CGUUCAUAGAUGGUGUGGUGGUGGUUGUGUUGCUGUAUGUUGCAUUUUAAAGCAACGAUUGAACAUUUGUAUGCGAGACAGAAUUUCAAAGAAAGUGUAAAAACUACAAUAUGAUAAGUGGAAAGUGCAGUUUGAUUGCUGACAUUUUUCUCAGCAUCGAUGGAUUGGAUGGCGAUAAUACUAUUCACUGUCUGUGCUCGAGAGCCUUUGUACAAGAUCAAGAGCUGUGCUGGUAUAGCUUAAAGGACAUCUGUGAGAGCACGGACUUUGCGGAAAACAAGCCUGAAGGUCUGGAAGGAAAUGAUGAGGAGCCAGUUGUGUCUCCUGUAGAUGAAGCACAGCAAGAGGUUAAUGAAGAACUGGAUGAGGAGGCCAUGCUUAUGAUCAGCAUGGGGUUGCCACUCCAGUUUGGUAGCUCCUCAACUAAGAAGCAGUGCACAGUGGUAUAUGAUGAAGGUGGCGGCGGUCAAGAUGCUUCAAAAUGCACAAGAAACAGGAAGAGCAGGAAAUACAACCAUGCAAACUCUGAAAGUCAUAACGAGUAUGUCGCUGUGCAAGGAGGAGAUGCGCAGUGCACUUCAGAAACCAUGGGUGAGCCAAAGAGUGAAGAUGAGAUUGCAGGUGACGGGGGAACCUCAUCCGCUGGGAAUCCCGUGUCCCUGGACUGGAAGAGAUACUGGGAACGGCAUGGAGAAGAGCUUCUUUGGCAAAGCUGGCUGGAAACGCAUCCUGGAGAUUCCAAAGGCGAGUCACUGCCACCAUGGGAUCAUCCCACCAGUAAAAACGAAUGGGAGAGGCAUGCUAAUGAAGUGUACUUCUGCUACUGGGAACAGUUUCAGUACUGGGCCUCCCAGGGGUGGACUGUGGACGAUUCCUGCAGCAGUGCUGCCGAGGAGAAGGUGGUGCCAAGUGAAACGCAGCAGGCUGCUGUCUCGGAGCAAAGUGGGGACGUAAGCGAUGAGCUUCCUCCCAGGGUAACUAGAGACUUUGAAACCGGAAGAAAUCCGGAAGAGAUAGAAGAUCUUACAGGAGAGGCAGCAGAUAUGAUUCAACAGAUAACUCUCAAUUUGGACGAAGGGGAAGCAAGCGGGUCACCUGUGUCGCAAAAUGAGGGCACCUGCUCAGGGUCAAGUCGGACUCAUGAGGAUCUCUCUGUGGUCUCCUGUUCUGAUAGAAACGAGCCUUGUGACGGAGAUAAGCGGAAGAGGGCAGCUUCUUCUGGUGCUAGCCCCAGUGGAACAGGAGAGUCAAGACAGAGUGAGCCAGAGAACAAGAGUGGUUCAGUGGGGGAAAGUUCUCGAAAGGAUGAAGAGAACGACGAUGAUGACCCACCGGAUCAAAGACAAGUCAAGAUAAAAAGGAGCCAUGAACUGGAUCCUGAAGAAAACCCUGCGUUGUCUUUAAAAGAAGCCUGUGAAACGCUGGGUUUGAAGUGUGGCAGAAAAGAAAAAAGCACUCUGCACAUUAAAUCUUACAAAGCCCGCCUGCGUGAAAGGGAUUCUGAACUGAAAUCAAAACUCCUGGGCAGACAUAGGCAUGCCUGCAGUAAAAAUAAGCAUAUCUUCUUUACAGAAGAAGGAGAAGCUCUGGCACCUAAGAUGAGCAAAACAUGUGAUAAAGUUAAGAAAUUUUUAAAAGAGGUUCAGGGGAGUGAUGAGGCGGAAAGGUCUCUCGAGGUAGAGCUGGCUGGAAGCAGCGAGUCUGAAGAAGAGACCAGCGCAAAGACUGAAGUGGCCAGAUUCGAGAGAGAGCCGUCGUCGCUGGAAAUACCAGCCUAUCUUCUGCCUGAAGCUGAUAAAGACUCAGUUGCGGAAAGUUCAAAGGUUUCCAGAAAAGAGAAGAAGAGGAGAAAAAAGAAGGCCCACAAAGUGCCACCUGAAAUAGCAGCCAAGCCUGAACUGGCAAAAUACUGGGCGCAGAGAUACCGACUUUUCUCGAGGUUCGACAAGGGCAUCAAGCUCGAUUAUGAGGGCUGGUUUUCUGUCACUCCUGAGAAGAUUGCGAAGCACAUUGCUCUGCGAGUCCAAAACAGCUUCCACUCCGAUGUCAUUGUAGAUGCUUUCUGCGGUGUAGGAGGCAAUGCUAUCCAGUUUGCUUUGACGGGAAAAAGAGUUAUUGCCGUUGACAUCGAUCCUGUUCGGAUAGCCCUGGCUCGGAACAACGCAAAGGUGUAUGGGGUAGCACAACAGAUUGAGUUCAUCCAGGGGGACUUCAUGGAGCUGGCUGUGGACAUAAAAGCGGAUGUUGUGUUCCUCAGUCCCCCAUGGGGGGGCCCAGACUACCUGACAGCUGAUGUUUUUGAUAUUAAGACCAUGAUGUCUCCAGAUGGUUUUGAAAUUUUCAGAUUGUCCAAACUGAUUUCAGAUAACAUUGUUUAUUUUCUGCCUCGAAAUGCUGAUUUUGACCAGAUAGCUUCAUUAGCAGGACCUGGUGGAAAAGUGGAAGUGGAGCAGAAUUUUCUCAACAACAAGUUAAAAACCAUCACUGCUUACUUUGGCAAUUUGAUCAGAUCUGACUGUGAAGUGUCAGCUGAUUAUUCUACAUAGGUUAAGUGCAUACAUGCACUGUUAAUUAUUAAUGUGUUUAUUACUUUACAAUAGCCUGUUUUCUUGAGAACUGUCAUAUAUUAAGACUUAAUUUUACAUACAUUUUUCAGAAGAUGCCUACAAGUAUUUUGAGAAAUGUUACCAGUGUUCUUGAUGAAUUGUGAAUAUUAAACCUGUUCUGUUAAGUGCCUCAGAAGCGUUUAAUAUUGAAACGAUCAUGUAUUUGUUGUGUAAAGUACCUUUUCUAUAAAAGUGAAUCAGUAAUGCUCAUGCUAUAUCCCAUUAUUGUUUUUUUAUUAUUUUAAAGAUUAUUGGAUUUUUGAACCCAUAUUCAUGUACAGUAUAUGGUAACAAAGCUUGAAUGUUACUAUUGGCAGUUUUAUAUAUUUUUUUGAGGCAUAUCGAUCAAAGUUCCUAUUAAAACAUUAUAUUCCAUAA